CUGUUACCACUUUCAUUUUCAUUUCUCUGUGUGGUUCGUUUAAGUUCCCGAGUUUUGGCGAAUAACCAAACAAAGUAAUAACUAAAGAACAUUUCAUCUUCUCUCUCUGUCUCCAUUAAUGGCGUCUAAAAACCCUACUUUCUUCUAAAGCCGCCUGUAUAAAGCAACUAUAAAGCUUCCAUCUUUCCUGUGCAUCAGACCAGCUUCGAUUCCUUGGUGGGUUGUGAUUAAUUCGCGGAUUUCAGAUAUAAAAAUUGGAACUUUAUCUGAUCAGUAUCAGGGUUUGGUUUCUGAGGUCUGGGGGUUUCAAUUGGAUUGAUUAAUUAGGGUUUGGGAAUUGUUAAUUGAUUUCUUUUGUGGGUUUUUGAUUGGGGAGGAUAUUACUCAAUCCUCCCUCUUCAAUGGCUGAAGACAGCCUAAGAAUUGGUGGGUUAUUAUCGUCUGGUUUGGCUGUGAUAUUGGGUGUGGAACACCGAAAAGGAAAAUCUCAGAAAACACAUCUUGUAUCUAACUGUGAUGAUAUUGGUCAUCAGCCAAUUGAACGUACUCUCGAGCACAUAUUUGACCUCCCUUACAAGUCAAUUCGAUCAUCAGACACUCCAAUUGAUUCAGACUUUGUUCGGUCCAUUUUGAAGGAUCGAGUUAAAAAGUUUCCGUUUAGUUCUUAUCAGUUUAUAGAUGGGGUAUGUGUUUUCGAUAGUGGUCAUAUGCGCCAAGCUGUUGUAAUUGAUGAAAGUAGUAUCUGUGGUGAUUUACGGAUUGUCAAGCAACCAUUACUUGUGGAGAGCUUAGCUAUGUUCAGUAGUGCUAGAGCAAAUGCAUGUGUGUGGAAAGGGAAAUGGAUGUAUGAAGUCAUUUUAGAAACUUGUGGAGUACAGCAGCUCGGUUGGGCUAGCCUUUCGUGUCCCUUCACAGACCAUAAAGGCGUCGGAGAUGCUGAAGAUUCAUAUGCAUUUGAUGGCAGAAGAGUUAGCAAAUGGAAUGUGGAUGCUGAGACGUAUGGCCAAUCAUGGGUUGUUGGUGAUAUAAUUGGAUGUUGCAUUGAUUUAGAUCAAGGUGAGAUAUCUUUCUACAGGAAUGGUGUGUCUCUUGGUGUGGCAUUUGACGGGGUUCGAAAGAUGGGUGCUGGACUUGGUUAUUUUCCUGCAGUUUCUCUUUCUCAGGGCGAGCGUUGUGAUUUAAACUUUGGAGCUCGGCCAUUUAAGUAUCCAAUUAAAGGGUUCAUACCUCUUCAAGCUCCUCCCAGCGUGAACUCUCUUGCCACUGACCUGCUUCAAUGUCUGUCGAGGCUAUUAGAACUUCAAUGCGUGGAGAAGGCAGAGUCUACUUCUGUUGAAAAACUGAGCAGAUUAAAGAGGUAUCCGCCACUCAAGGAGUUGUUUCAUCCAAUAUCCAGAUUGAUCUGCGAAGAGUUUUUUUCUGCAAUUGACAAGGAAUAUGGAAGCAUUGAAUACAUUGUGUGGGGUCCAUUUAUCUCCUUCUUGACGGAAGUGUUCAGAACACAGGCACCACACGAUUACGUGAGCUUAGAUAGACUUCUGGACUUAUUUCUAAAUUCUGAGAAAUCUUCCUUGAUAUUCCAGCAUGUUAUCAAUGCCAUUUCAUGCAGUUGCAGAACAGCCUCACUGGUCCUGAUGGAGUGUCCAUAUUCAGGUUCAUACUCUUACAUCGCGUUGGCUUGCCAUAUUUUGAGGCGGGAGGAGUUGAUGGUACUAUGGUGGAAUUCACCAGAUUUUGAGUUCUUGUUUGAAGGGUUCCUAUCAAUGAAGGGAUUGAAUAAGCAGGAUUUACAGUUGUUGAUGCCUUCAGUUUGGUGGCCUGGUUCGUGCGAGGAUGUGUCUCAUGAAAGCAGUAUGAUGCUGACAACAUCUGCUUUAUCGGAAGCUAUUUGUAAGAUUGAAGAGAUGCACCGGAAUCUUUGUGGCUUGGUCAUACAGUUUAUACCUCCAACCAAACCUCCUCAGCUACCUGGAUCAGUAUUUAGAACGUUUUUACAGAAUCUCUUGUUAAAGAACAGGAGUGCAGACCACAACCCUUCGCCUCAUGUCGUAUCAAGCAAUUCAGUACUUGUUUCCAUGUACACGGUGAUCCUCCAUAUCCUGUCUGAAGGUUUUGCUAUGGGAGAUAAGUGUGGAUGGACAAGGGAAGCAGAGACAAAAUCUGGGACCCAUGUUGGUUUUCUUCAUAAGGGAGGGCACCAGAAUUUUCCUAUAAGCAUGUUCCUUAAAAGCGAUCCUCAUAGGAUCGACAUUUCUAGACUCGGAGGAUCAUUUGACCAUUUACUGAAAUCCCACCCUGUAACUGAUGAAGAAGGAGUAAUUCAAUGGGAGGAAGGUUGUAUGGAUGAUGAAGAAACAAUAAUUACACAUUCUACUAGACAGAAGCCAUGUUGUUGCUCAAGUUCUGAUGCUGAUUUUGCUAAAACUUCCAAAGAUCUAAUUAGGAGUGUGGCCAAAGGAUCCCGAGGCCAUUGCAGCACAAUUCCGGAGAGAUCUGCUCAUGUUGCUGCAGAGUGCAGCUCAGGAAGUUUGAAUGAUGACCUAGUGGACAAACCAAGUACAAGUGACCAAUCAGAAUCAGAAUAUAGUUACCGACCCAUGCAGCAACUGAGGAGUGUGCCCAAGGCUAGCCAUUUGUCUACAGCAACACUAAGUGAGGAGGAACUAUUGGAUGCCUUGCUUUUGUUGUAUCAUCUGGGACUUGCUCCAAACUUUAAGCAGGCAUCAUACUACACGUCUCAUCAGUCACAAUCGAUCUCUCUGCUGGAGGAAACUGAUAAGCAAAUAAGGGAAAGAUCAUGCGGUGAACAGCUAAAGCGUUUGAAGGAAGCUCGAAAUGUGUAUCGUGAAGAACUAAUUAAUUGUGUGAGACAUUGUGCCUGGUACCGCAUCUCUUUGUUUCCGCAUUGGAAACAAAGAGGGAUGUAUGCAGUGUGUAUGUGGAUAGCUCAAUUUCUCUUGGUUGUUAGCAAAAUGGAUUCAGUGUUCACUUAUAUCCCGGAAUAUUAUUUAGAAACCCUGGUUGAUUGCUUCCAUGCAUUGCGAAGGAGCGAGCCUCCUUUCGUAGCUUCUGCAGUUUUUGUCAAGCAAGGACUUUCUUCAUUUGUCACUUUUGUUGUCACCCACUUCAACGACCCACGGAUAUCAAGUACAGAUCUGAGGGAUCUCCUACUCCAAUCAAUCUCGGUCUUGGUUCAGUACAAGGAUUAUUUGGCUGCUUUUGAAAGCAAUAAAGCAGCCAUAGAGAGAUUGCCAAAAGCAUUGCUAUCUGCAUUCGAUAACAGAUCAUGGAUCCCAGUUACCAACAUACUUCUGCGAUUAUGCAAAGGUUCAGGAUUUGGGUUGCCAAAGCAUGGAGAGUUAUCAUCCGUUCUUUUCCAGGGUUUACUGCGUGAAGCAUGCAUUCAUGAUGAAGUGUUAUUCUCAGCUUUCCUUAAUCGGUUAUUUAACACUCUCAGCUGGUCUAUGACUGAAUUCUCAGUUUCCGUCCGUGAGAUGCAAGAAAAAUAUCAGGUGAUCGAGUUGCAGCAAAGAAAAUGUGGAAUUAUAUUUGAUCUCUCUUGCAAUCUUGCAAGAUUGCUGGAAUUCUGUACUCGUGAGAUCCCUGAAGCAUUCUUAUCAGGAUCUGACAUGAAUCUUCGAAGGCUGACCGAGUUGAUUGUUUUCAUCCUGAACCACAUUACUUCUGCUGCUGAUACCGAGUUCUUUGACUUGUCACAUAGACGGCAAGGGCAGUCCGUAGAGAAGACAAACCGGGGGAUGAUAUUAGCACCCCUUGUUGGGAUUAUCUUGAAUUUGUUGGAUGCUGGCGUGCGCGCAGAUUCUGUGGAAACGAACAGUGUUGUAUCGGUGUUUGCAAGCAUGGAUUGCCCUGUUACUGUUGAUUGUGGAUUUCAGUACCUAUUGGAUUUCAACUGGGCUGGUUUCUUGAGAGCAGGGGAUACAUCUAUUGUGAGACUAGAGCAACUUGAGGAUUUCCUGUGCCUGCUCAGAAGCAAACCAGAGCCGACGGAAGUCAUUGGUGGUCAGGAUGAUGAAGACGACUCUGAGUGCUGCAUCUGUUACGCCUCCAAGGCAGAUGCUCAGUUCGAGCCAUGUUCACAUAGAUCCUGCUUUGGCUGCAUAACCAGGCACCUUCUGAAUUGUCAAAGGUGUUUCUUUUGCAAUGCAACAGUUCUUGAGGUGGUCAAGGUGAUUAAGGUUGAUCUCGACGCCCUGUAACAACAGUUUUUUCUUUUUUUUCCUUUUCUGCUUACCUACCUAAUAAUAAGCCUCCUUAUUCUUUUUAUGUUCGCCCAUCAUUGAUCAAUCAAUAUGAUAGGCCGGAGUAGGUACAUACAAAUAAAUGCCUUUUCCUUGUAUGUAGAUAUUUUUAAAACUUUGUUUCAUAGUUGUUACAUGGGAGGGUAUGGGAAAGAAAAAUAUCUGGAAAGAGUAAGAAUUUUGUAGAAGGGACAACUUUGAGGGCAUUAUUAUGUAAAUAUGAGAUGUAUAUGAACGUGAUUGAUUCAGUUUGGUACUCUUGCCGUCUCGUUUUUCAUUUUUGUAAAGCACAUGAAGAAAUUAAUUCUACAUGCACAUUUGUUUCUCACA